UGCAGUGGGGAAAAUUCUAGGUAAGGAGUCAGAGCAAGCCCCUUCAUGGUGCUGAGAACUGUGACGCAACAAUCUCCAGGAAAGUUGCCUUCCUUCUCUUAAAAUUCAAAGGUUUAACUGACUGGUUGCAGUAAGGGCUCUUCCAGCACUAAAUCUACAACACUGCUUCAUCGGCACAGUGCACUAACGUUGUUUGUGAGAGGCACCAGAAGACAAAAACAACUCCGAGCUCUUUUGUUCUUUAGCUAUCAGCAUCACACGUGCAAGCGCAAACAGAUGAAUCUUUGUAACAGCGGAGGGAGUCCCGGACGCAGAGACGUGCUCCUUUAAUGGGGGAACCAUAAAGGGAGAGCUCAGAGUUAGGGAGGGAAAGAGAAACGCGUAAAAAGGGAGCAGGGGCCAAAAGCUCCGGGACAACGUGGGCCCAAGGAACUGGGGCAAAGUUGAGAAGGCCCCAGGCGGGGCAACCUGCGCCAGCACGGCUCCGCCUCCCCGCUUUUAACCGGCCUCCGCGUCUCCCCCAGCCCGCUCGCUUCUAGUCCGCGGCCAAGUUCGGAAACGCGAAGACAUGGCGGGGCGCACCGGGCGCUCUCUGGCGCCUUGGGCCCUGCGGGCUUUCGGCUCUCCUCCGCAGCGGUUUUUCAGUUGUGGAACAAAAGGAUUAUACAAAAGCAAAGAUGCAGAACGAUCUAAAUUCUUUAAGCCUCUGAAAAAAGUGAUGUUACCACCUAAUAGUUUUAAAGGAAAAGUAGUUUUCAUCACAGGUGGAGGUACUGGUAUUGGAAAAGGAUUGACCACUGUUUUCUCCAGUCUGGGUGCAACCUGCGUGAUAGCGAGUCGUGUCUUAAAGUUUGAGGAAGGUUUCAGUGCACAGAAUGAUGUGGGAGCUCAGCUUUUUAGGAAAAUUGAUGUUUUGAAAGCUGCUGCAGAAGAAAUAUCUUCUCAAACAGGAAAUAAGGUUCAUGCAAUCCAGUGUGAUGUGAGGGAUCCUGGGAUGGUUAAAAAUGCUGUCUCUGAAUUAAUCAAAGUAGCAGGUCAUCCAGAUGUUGUAAUAAACAAUGCAGCAGGGAACUUUAUCUCUCUUUCUGAACGUCUCUCUCCUAAUGCGUGGAAAACCAUAACUGAUAUAGUUCUGAAUGGUACUGCCUUUGUCACCCUGGAAAUUGGAAAGGAGCUGAUUAAAGCAGGGAAAGGGGCUGCAUUCCUGGCUAUCACAACUAUCUAUGCUAAGAGUGGAUCAGCAUUUGUAGUGCCAAGUGCUUCUGCCAAAGCAGGUGUGGAAAUAAUGAGCCUGUCUCUUGCAGCUGAAUGGAGUAGAUAUGGCAUGCGAUUCAAUGUGAUACAACCGGGACCUAUCAGAACUAAAGGUGCUUUUAGCCGCCUUGACCCAACUGGAGAAUUUGAACAGGAAAUGAUUGAGAGACUUCCCUGUGGCAGACUAGGGACUGUAGAAGAAAUUUCAAAUCUUGCUGCUUUCCUGUGCAGUGAUUAUGCCUCUUGGAUUAAUGGAUCUAUCAUUAGAUUUGAUGGAGGAGAAUAUGUAUUUUUGUCAGGAGAAUUCAACAGCUUAAUGAAGGUAACCACACAACAGUGGGACAUGUUAGAACAACUAAUCAGGAAAACAACAGAUUCCUAAACGUACCCUCAUCUUAAUCCUUUGGUAGCAGAAAACAUUGGAGCAAAAUAAACAGUAAUUUUAGUUACAUUUUCUUUAAUCAUUUUAUGUAACGCAUCCAAUAAAAAAAUCUUGUCAUGAAAGAUUGGUGUUUAAAUG